CCGUAGCGGCCGGAGAUGCCGCCUCUUCUGUGGGAGUGGUGGGGAGUCGGUCAUGUGACAGCCGGAGGCCGGAACUGGGCAGGUUGCGUGAAGCGCUGGGUUUUGACCAAAACAAGCGGCGACGGCGCCACUGUAGCGUCUAUGGCCGAGGCGGUGAGGCCCCAGCGCCGGGCCAAGGCCAAGGCCAGCCGCACAAAAACCAAGGAAAAGAAGAAAUAUGAAACCCUACAGAAGGAGGAGUCUGACGAAGUCUCCCUUCCAAAAACCUGCAAAGAGCAGGAAAUCUCGUUUCCUGCUUGUGAAGUCAGGGGAGAGCACGUGAAGGAGUUAAGUGAUGCGCGCCUCCAGAACGAUGCUGCCAGUGGACAAAGCGAAAGUGAACUGUUUGAAAUACCACUCACCUCCUUGACUCUGAGCAGCGAAGGGUCCCUGGCGUGUAACAUGGAGCCUCCAAAGGAAGGGGAAGAGGGCAGAGCCUGCGUCAGGGACAGUGCAAGCGAGCUGCAGGUUGACUCCGGAGACAAUGUUGGAACUAAAAUAGAAGCCCCCAGGAACUUCUCGGAAGUAGAGGGAAGUAAAUUGGUGCAGUGUGGACCUUCCGAAAGCACACUGCAAUCUAGUUUUUCUUGCAUUCAGCAGGAAAUGGAAAAUUUACAAGUCAGAGAAACUGAGGAUAGGAAAGAAGACAAACCAGCCCUGGGCUGUUCUUCAGAGGUGCUACAGAAUGUUCGCUUGCAGAGUUCCUGUGAAGCUACUGACAUUUUUCAGUCACCCAGGGUGAAGAAACUGUAUCCCCAGCUGCCCGCUGAGACGGCUGAAGUGCCAGCUCUAGUGGCAGUGAAGCCCUUGCUUUGUAGCGAGCGACUCUACCCAGAACUCCCAUCUCAACCGGAGCUAGUGCCAUUUACUAAGGAGCAGCUAAAAAUCUUAGAACCUGGCUCUUGGCUGGAAAAUGUUGAGUCAUAUUUGGAAGAAUUUGACAGUAUGGCUCAUCAGGACAGGCAUGAGUUUUAUGAGCUGCUUUUGAACUACUCCCGAUGUAGAAAGCAACUGCUGCUGGCUGAAGCUGAGCUCCUUACUCUGAUGUCUGAUUGCCAAAAUGCGAAAAGUCGACUGUGGCACUUUAAAGAGGAGCAAAUGCUUGUGCAGGGUGUCUGUGCAGACCAAGUGAAAGUUUCUGGCUAUCAUCGCUACCAAAGAGUAGAGAUGAAUGAAAAUGCCCUGGGAGAGCUGAAGAAACUAUUUGAUGCCAAGUCUGAGCACCUCCACCAGACCCUGGCCCUUCACUCUUACACCUCUGUGCUCUCAAGGUUGCAAGUGGAGUCUUACAUCUAUGCAUUGCUCAACAGUUCAGCUGUUCUGAGAUCUUUAGCAAUUCAUCAGGAAGGCCGAGCUUCUAAGCAGACAGAAAGUAUUCCUUCUGACUUGUGUCAACUAAAGGAGUGCAUUAGUGUCCUAUUCAUGUUCACCAGGAGAAUCAAUGAAGAUUCUCAGUUCCACGACGAUAUUCUUCUCUGGCUGCAGAAAUUGGUGUCAGUGUUACAAAGAGUCGGCUGUCCCGGAGAUCACCUCUUCCUUCUCAACCAUAUUCUGCGGUGCCCAGCUGGUGUUAGUACUUGGGCUGUUCCUUUCAUCCAGAUCAAAGUGUUGAAUAACCCAUCAGGAGUCUUUCAUUUCAUGCAGUCCCUUGCCUUGCUGAUGUCUCCUGUCAAGAAUCGAGCCGAGUUUAUGUGCCACAUGAAGCCCAGUGAGCAGAAGCCGUCCUCGGGGCCCGCAUCUGGGACCUGGACUCUGGUAGAUGAGGGAGGAGAAGAGGAUGAAGACCCUGAGACAAGCUGGAUUCUCCUUAAUGAAGAUGACUUGGUUAUCCUUUUAUCACAGUUUCCAUUUCAUGAGCUCUUUCAGCAUCUUCUUGGAUUUAAAGCAAAAGGUGAUUAUUUGCCUGAAACAACAAGACCUCAAGAAAUGAUGAAAAUUUUUGCCUUUGCCAGUUCAUUAGUGGAACUUCUGGCUGUAGGGUUAGAAACCUUCAACAGAGCACGCUAUCGGCAGUUUGUGAAGCGCAUUGGCUAUCUGAUCAGGAUGACCCUUGGCUAUGUGAGUGACCACUGGGCUCAGUAUGUGAGCUACAAUGGUUCUUCAGGACUGCCCCUGCAGCCCUACUCCCUGGAGAAGCUACAACUUGAAUUUGAUGAGCUGUUUUUGAGGGCUGUCCUGCAUGUGCUGAAAGCCAAAAGACUCGGUAUUUGGCUGUUCAUGUCUGAAAUGCCCUUCGGGACGCUGUCGGCCCACAUGCUCUGGAAGCUCUUCUACCUCAUGCACCAGGUGGAGGAGAGUGGGAACCUGCAGCAGCUCUGCUGCACCCUGCAGCCGGCCGAGUGCAAGCGGCAGCUCCAAGACCCAGAACAUUUUGUGAACUUUGAGAAGUGUCUUUCUUCCAUGAAUAGUUCGGAGGAGAUUUGCCUUCUGACCACUUUUGCUCAGAUGGCUCAGGCCAGAAGAACCAACGUGGAUGAAGACUUCAUAAAAAUUAUUGUUCUGGAGAUAUAUGAGGUAUCUUAUGUCACCUUGUCCACGAGAGAGACUUUUUCAAAGGUUGGUCGAGAGCUUUUAGGGGCCAUCACAGCUGUUCACCCUGAGAUAAUUUCUAUCCUUUUGGAUAGAGUUCAAGAUACCAUUGAUCAGGUUGGAAUGGUUUCUUUAUACUUGUUUAAAGAAUUACCUCUGUAUCUUUGGCGACCUUCUGCCUCCGAGAUAGCUGUGAUUCGGGACUGGUUAUUGAAUUACAACCUGGCAGCGGUGAAGAAUAAACUAGCCUGUGUUAUUCUGGAAGGGUUGAAUUGGGGAUUUGCUGAACAGGGUACCCUUCAUCUGGAUCAAGCAGUCCAUACUGAAGUGGCCUUGAUGGUUCUGGAAGCUUAUCAGAAGCACCUUGCACAGAAGCCGUAUGCUGGACUUCUUUCCGAGAGUAUGAAGCAGGUUUCAUAUUUGGCCAGUAUUGUUCGAUAUGGAGAGACACCUGAGACCUCCUUUAACCAGUGGGCCUGGAACUUGAUCUUGAGGUUAAAACUGCACAGAAAUGAUUAUGGAUUACAGCAGAAUUGUCCCACCGUUCCCUUUUCCAGCAUGGUACCUGACAUGACAGAGUCACCCAUGUUCCAUCCGCUCUCGAAGUCUGUGAAAGCGGGCAUGCCCAUUGGCUGUUAUCUCGCCUUAUCCAUGACGGCCCUGGGCCACAGCAUUGAGAAGUUCUGUGCAGAAGGCAUCCCAUUGUUGGGAAUUCUGGUCCAGUCGAGGCAUUUGAGAACAGUGGUCCAUGUGCUGGAUAAGAUUCUGCCUUUGUUCUACCCUUGCCAGUAUUAUUUGCUGAAGAAUGAGCAGUUUUUGUCCCACCUCCUCCUGUUCCUGCACUUGGACAGUGGUGUCCCACAGGGUGUCACACAGCAGGUCACCCACAAGGUGACGCAGCACCUGACAGGAGCCAGCCAUGGGGACAACGUGAAGCUUCUCAACAGCAUGAUCCAGGCACACAUAUCUGUAAGCACUCAGCCCAACGAAGUGGGUCCUGUUGCCGUGUUGGAGUUCUGGGUUCAGGCACUUAUAAACCAACAGCUUUGGUAUCGAGAACAAGCCAUCCUCUUCCUCAUGGACCACUUGUGUAAAACAGCAUUUCAGCUGAUGCAAGAAGACUGCGUGCAGAAAUUACUCUACCAGCAGCAUAAGAAUGCUUUGGGUUACCACUGUGACCGGAGUUUGCUGUCCUCUUUGAUGAGCUGGAUCGUGGCAGGCAACAUCACUCCUUCCUUUGUGGAGGGCUCAGCCACACCUACCCAGGUCUGGUUUGCAUGGAGCGUGCUGAACAUGGAAUCCAUCUUUGAAGAAGACUCCCAGCUCCGAAGAGUCGUUGAAGGGGAGCUGGUUAUAAACUCUGCUUUUACCCCUGACCAAGCUCUGAAGAAAGCUCAAGCCCAGCUGAAGCUCCCCAUCGUUCCGUCUCUGCAGAGGCUGCUGAUCUAUCGCUGGGCCCACCAGGCUCUGGUCACGCCUUCUGAUCACCCUCUUCUGCCACUCAUCUGGCAGAAGUUCUUCCUCCUGUAUCUUCACCGCCCAGGACCACAGUAUGGGUUACCCAUAGAUGGUUGCAUUGGAAGAAGGUUUUUUCAAAGUCCUGCUCAUAUCAAUUUGCUGAAAGAAAUGAAGAGGCGUCUAACCGAGGUGGCAGACUUCCACCAUGCUGCAAGCAAGGCCCUCCGUGUUCCAGCAGAGGGCAGCGAAGGGCUGCCAGAGAGCCAGGCCAGCACCUCUGUUUACUUCACUUCGCCAGAACUGCACACGGAACUCGUGAGGCUUUUCAAUGUAUAUGCAUUAUGGCUAGAAGAUGAGACCUUCCAAAAAGGAGAUACUUAUAUCCCUUCUCUACCAAAACAUUAUGAUAUUCACAGGCUAGCAAAAGUGAUGCAGAAUCAGCAGGAACUCUGGAUGGAGUAUUUGAACAUGGAGCGCAUACGUCACGAGUUCCAGGAAACUGUGGGUUUAUGGACACAGGCCAAGCUGGAGUCCCAUUCCCCACCCUGUAGCGGGUCAGCUCAGCUGGACUUCACUGAUCCUUUGCUGGGUGAGUCUUGUGAGCCUCAGACCCUUUGUGUGAAUGUAAAGGGAUUUUUAGAAAUUUGGGAAGCAGGGGUCCCGGGAGCCUCCCCUCUUUCAGCCACUGGGGAGGCCUCCUGGCCAAUAUAUUUUCUCAUCUGGUCCUCUGGUGAGGAGAAAGACGCCAUUCAGCUGGUGUGCACAGACCUGAACUUGUUGCAACAGCAGGCCAGAACUGCAGCUCUUCGGGAAUCUCAGCAGGUUGCCCUGGAUGGUGAGCUAUUGGACACAAUGCCCAAACAGUAUGUUAAUCGAGAAGAACAGACCACACUCCAUUUGGAGUGCAGAGGCAGUAGUGGCAAGAAAUGCCAAGGAGCAGCAGUUGUAACGGUUCAGUUUGAAGGUAUGUGUAAAAAUGAAGCGAUUAGCCAACAGCUCCAUGUUUUGCGAAAAGAAGUGAAGCAGCUGCAAGCAGAAGCGUCAAAACCGCCAUCCCUUAGUGUGGUGGAAGCUGCCGUGCACGCAGAGAACCUGAUUACGGCCUUAGUGAAUGCCUACAAGUUGCAGCCUACACCUGGGGUCCAGAAAGUUGGCAUCAGCCUUUUCUUUACUGUUGUGGAUUAUGUCAGUGAGGAGACACAGCGUCAUCCUCCCACAAGGCAGUUCUUUACUUCAUGCAUUGACAUCCUGGGACAGGUGUUUAUCAGUGGCACUAAAUCAGAAUGCAGGAAAGUGCUUCAGACCAUCCUGAAGAAUAGACGACUCUGCUCCCUCUUGUCCCCGUUCUUCACUCCCAAUGCUGCACCUGCAGAGUUCAUACAGCUCUAUGAGAAAGUGGUGAGGUUUCUAAGCGAGGACAACAGUGAUAUGAUUUUCAUGCUGCUAACCAAGUUCGAUCUUAAGCAAUGGUUAAACGCCACUAAACCUCCUCUGUCUGAUCGUACCAGGCUUCUGGAGUCCAUUCAUUUGGCACUUACUGCCUGGGGCCUUGAACCAGAAGAAGAUAUUUUGAUGCCAUUUAAUCUUUUCUGUAAGCACUGGACUUACCUCCUUCUGUACCAGUUCCCUGACCAGUACAGUGACAUUCUCAGGCUGCUGAUGCAAAGCUCUGCGGAGCAGUUGCUGAGCCCCGAGUGCUGGAAAGCCACUCUGAGAGCCCUGGGCUGCUGUGCCACAAGCUGCCAGCAGGGGGCAGCUUCUGCAGAGAGCACCGUGCUUCAAAGCUCCUCACAUGUUCUCCUGUCUGAUGAGCAGGUAAUGGAGACAAUACAGUGGCUUUCAGACUUUUUCUAUAAACUUCGGUUAUCCAAGUUGGACUUUAAAAGCUUUGGUUUAUUCUCAAAAUGGAGUCCUUAUGUGGCUGACGUGAGGACAUUCUUGGGCUAUCUUGUGAAAAGGCUGAUUGACUCAGAAAUGGCCUCCUUGGCCCAAGACCCAUCUGCUAACAGCAAAUCAGUGCUGAGAUCCCUGCAUUCAAGAAUCAUUGCACUGUUUAAGCCAUGGAUCCUGGUUUUAGAGGACAGUGAAAGCAGCCAGCAGCGACAUUACCCGUGGCUGGAGAGCGAUGCUGUGGUGGCUUCGAGCAUUGUGCAGUUGUUCACCGACUCUGUGGACUCACUGCACAGGAGAUUCCAAGAUAAGCUGUUGCCAGGUGAUGAAGGAGCCCUUCGGUUACAUCUGAUGCAUUAUUGCGAAACCUGUACAGCCCCUAAAAUGCCAGAGUUCAUUCUGUACGCUUUCCACAGUGCCUACCAGAAGCUCCACUGGAAGGACCUGCACCCUGACCAGAUGCUCAUGGAGGCCUUCUUCAAAGUAGAACGAGGAAGCCCCAAGAGCUGUUUCUUAUUUUUGGGGUCUGUCCUGUGUGAAGUCAACUGGGUUAGUGUGCUCUCAGAUGCCUGGAAUCCGAGUCCCCUCCCAGAAACCCAGAGCAUGAUUGUCUGUCUCCUUUUCAUGAUGGUUUUGUUGGCAAAGGAAGUUCAACUAGUAGAUCAACCAGAUUCACCUUUACUCAGUCUCCUUGGACAGACAAGUUCACUUUCGUGGCAUCUUGUGGAUAUUAUGUCAUACCAGAGUGUGCUAGGUUAUUUCAGCAGUCACUACCCACCUUCCAUCAUCCUGGCAAAGGAGUCUUCUGCUGAAUUAAUUGUGAAGCUCCUGAAAGUGUCUGCAGGCCUCUCCAUUCCUACUGACAGCCAGAAACAUCGUGAUGCAGUUCCAAAGUGCCAAGCUUUCACUCAUCAGAUGGUUCAGUUCCUCAGCACCCUGGAACAAAAUGGAAAAAUCACCUUCACAGUCCUAGAACAGGAAAUGUCUAAGCUCUUAGAUGAUAUCAUUGUCUUUAACCCGCCUGACAUGGACAGCCAGGCCCGCCACAUGGCCCUCAGCAGCCUCUUCAUGGAAGUCCUGAUGAUGAUGAACAAUGCCACUAUUCCAACGGCUGAGUUCCUCCGGGGUAGCAUCCGGACCUGGAUUGGCCAGAAAGUACACGGGCUGAUGGUGCUGCCCCUUUUAACAGCAGCCUGCCAGAGCCUGGCUUCCGUGCGCCACAUGGCCGAGACUACAGAAGCCUGCAUCACUGCCUACUUCAAAGAAAGCUCCUUCAACCAGAAUUUGGGCUGGGGCCCUAUUCUGGUGUCCCUUCAGGUCCCGGAGCUCACUAUAGAAGACUUCCUGCAGGAGUGCCUAGCCCUCGGCAGUUACUUGACUCUCUAUGUCUACCUGCUUCAGUGCUUAAAUAGUGAGCAGACUCUCCAGAACGAAAUGAAGGUGCUGCUGCACCUGAGCAAGUGGCUGGAACAGGUGUACCCAAGUUCCACGCAGGAAGAGGCCAAGCUGUUUCUGUGGUGGCACCAAGUGCUGCAGCUGUCUCUGAUUCAGACCGAGCAGAAUGACUCGGUCCUGACAGAAUCUGUGAUUCGAAUUCUGCUCACACUUCAGAGCAGGCAGUGCCUUGUGGCGGAGGAGAGGCUCAGCUCUGGGAUCCUGGGGGUAAUCGGCUUGGGCCGGAAGUCACCCUUGUCUAACAGGUUCCGGGUGGUUGCCCGAAGCAUGGCUGCCUUCCUUUCAGUCCAGGUUCCUACAGAAGAUCAGAUCCGAUUGAGACCUGGCUCCGACUUACAUCUGACUCCCAAAGCCCAGCAGGCUCUGAGUGCUCUUGAAUCCAUGACCUUGAGUAAGCAGUAUGUUGAGUAUCAGGAUCAGAUACUGCAAGCCGCCCAGUUUAUAAAGCACCCUGGCCAUUGCCUCCAAGAUGGGAAAAGCUUCCUGGCUCUUCUUGUCAACAGUCUGUAUCCAGAAGUGCAUUAUUUGGACAACAUUCGAUAGUACCACUGAGACUCUUGAAAACCAUGUUGCUCUUUAAGUUUACAUUUAACUUUGCUGUUGUACCCCUAACUUCCCUCCGUUUCACCGCAGAGUAAGUUCAGCCAAGGAGCAGCUGAGUGAGAUGCAAGUCGGGAGGCAUUAGGGAACUCUGGGGUGUGUGUAAGUUUGUCUUCUUAGCUCUUAAAACAUUCUGGGAGCAUCGUAACUUUUAUGUUCGCCCACAAGUGAAAUUAACUGAGCUUCCCCUGGGUGCAGAGCCUCUCGGAGUUGCUGAACUUCGCAGGCGUCUCGAGUACAACUGCUCCAGGAAUCGUGUGGAGCUCUCACUUUUACACCCCAUUUGUGUUCUUCCAAAGUAAGAACAAAAGUCAGCCUUGAAAAUUUCUGCAUUUCUCAAAUGUGGGGAAACACACCAGCAUCUGAGUAUUGUGGUAAUUCCCUCAACAGGGAGCUGGAAGUGCUGAAUUGGUUCGUGUUGCAUGUGAUGGGGUAGGCUGGCUCUCCGUGACGAGCUUGCCGUGUACAGCAGGGGAGCACAGCCAGGGAUGACUGUCCAGUCACCACAGCCCCGCCAUUCCCUUGGAUCCUACCCCCAGCCCAGCCCCCCAGUCACACCACUUACCUGACCCUGUUGACACUGAAAUUUCCAAGUUGGUAUCCAGAGGCCUCUCGUGUCAAGAGACAAGAGAUGGGGAGAAACUGGGCCCCACUGUGUAUUCCCUGCGUGUUCUUCCCUCCAUAGUUAAACGCAAAUGCAGGUUUGGGGUCUGCUGAAACACUGUCCUGCAGAAGCCAGGUCGGGUUGGGAGAACUGCUGCGGGCUGGCUUUCUUCCAGGAGCCACGUGCCUUCUGUUAGCAGCUGUUCUCAUUCAUUGCCAGAGCCUCACAGUGGCACUGCCUGUGGUGUCGCCAUCUUCUUGCCCGUGGUAUCAUUGCCUGAGCAAUGGCAGCUGGACUCUCGUCAUCGGAUUCGUGCUGCUGUCAGCUCCAGAUGGAUUUCAUACGUCCAGCUUUGCCUACAGGGCAGCCCGGGAACAUAAGUAGUCAUCUGACGUGUCUCAGUGGCCGCCAGGAGCCUUUAGUAGGGAGACAGGGAUGUGGGCCAGCAGAGCAAUGACUGCUUCUCGUGUACCCUUGGCCGUGCUUCCCCCACACCUGGAGGCUUGUGGGAGCUCUUCAUUUUGAACUUGUGCGGUUGAGCAGUUCUGCCUCCUGGGCAAGCUCUGAUGGAGCGCAUCCAGUUCAGGCUCAGAGUUUUGUGGGCCACAAAGCCUCGUCUUCCGGGGACAUGUUCUUUGUUUUCCUUUCUCCCCAUUUUCAAAGUCGGUCAUCCACCUGUGUAUAAGAAAAUUUUAGGAGCUCUGCCAUUUACCGAGCUGAUCUGACAACAAUGGUGUUAAGAUGGGAGAUACCUUGUGUGCUGUUUUCUUUGAGGAGGAGGCAAUUAUUGAUUUCCUAGAAUGUGAAGUUUUUCAGUGACAGUAUGUACAUUUUAAAGAGAAUUAUGAUUAACCUGUUAAUUUUUGAAAGUUUAUAAUAUUUAUAAUGUAUUUGGUCUGUAAAAAUGAUGAAAAAUAAAAUCGACCUUUGGUUGUAA